AUGUCUAUACCAACCGAUAUCGCCAACCUACUGAUAGCAGAGGAUGGUAAGAUUUCAAUUCGCUUUGAUGAAAUUCCUCUCCGCAACGACGAACCUCGCAAUGGCUCCAGGUUUUACAUGCUGUCCACAAAUCGUGCCCUGAAAGACCACGAACAUAAGGAAGACGACCUCAGAUACCUGUCUAGGGGCAUACAAGGUGCCAUUAGGCUUGGCCAGCUACUUAACGCUUCUCAUGUCAUAAAAGAAAAAGAAACCACAGCCCAGGAUGAGAGCAAAGCUGUAAUGCGGCUUGGGGAAACCACUAUGGUUGUCGACGAAACAUUUGAUGCGCAGCCUAUUCACAGCCACAUCUGGAACUCAUUCAUGUCAAUUGAAUUUCACUUCCCAAAGGCAGAUUUUACCUCUCUGCAGUAUCUACAAACGUCUUGGAAGGGUCUCGAAUGUGGUGAUACCCUGUUCACCAAGGAGGGCCCAACCUUUGAAGAAGUAUCCAUCGUUUCUGGAGUUUGUCUCUUCACUACAAGACUUUUGGAAAUAAGUGCCAGGGGUCCGGAAACUGGUCGUGUUGAUGUUGAUCUACUCAAGAAUUCAAUCCCUACAUACAACGAACUGGACUAUAUUGCUCGCGCGUCAAGCGCCAUCGCGGAUAUUGCUGCCAUGACUAUCUUAAGGGCUUGCGAGCAGGGUUCUGGACAGCGAAUUGAAAUAAAACUUGACGUCCCCAGCUGGCACUACUUCCAUACAGUAGCCACCACGUUUGCGUCAAGGCUGUGUUCGAACACUGAAGCAUUGCAAUGGAUGGACACAAUUGACCAACGACACGAUCAGAUCGGUCAGACCUUCGUGGAAGCCAUCAGAGAUGGGCUUGAGCAACGAGGUAUUCGCGACAGGACCAGCUAUGGUAUUGGCAUAACAUCAAGGACAAAUCCAGCUGCGGCUCUAAUUCGAACAGCAAUUCAAGAUGAAGAAGUUCCGUCGUUGGAUUUCAUUCUCACCGCAUUGGACUCCGAAGAAGACGGGUGCUGGAAACGAUUCUACGAGAUGAUCCCGACCAGGGAACGGCCCUCGAAUCUUGGAGAGCUCGGUUAUCUGUUCUAUGUAUACGAAGCAAUCAGGCUGUCUCUCGUGGAACGUCCAAAACUAGUACCUCCAAAAUCUGACAAAGCCAACAAGGCCAACUUGUCCAAGAAGGCAUUGAAGAAGCGGAAGCCUCGCCGUCUCAUCAUCAGUGUUGAUGACUCUGCGGAACGACGCAUUUACUCUAGAGCUCAAGGGGUGCUCAGCAAGAUUCGACAGUCCAGCGAAAAGCCCGAGACUUACUUGGUAGAGGCAUAUGUUUGCAGAAGGUUCUUGAUCAAUGGAAACGAAGACAGAGCACGACUAGCUCGGUUAGACCCUCUUCCCAAUAUUCCAGUUCGCACUGGCUCCCACCAUGAGACGAUGCUGCCUCUCGACGUGGUGCGGCAGCUCUAUGGAGACAGUUCUGCCCUCGAUUUACAACGGUGGCUGCAAGAAGCGGGGCUGUCGGUUUAG